CGCGCGACCUUCACCUUGAUGCUGGGGUAACGUUAGUCCCGCGCCCGCCAUGACGUUUGUGCGCAGUGACGUAACAAAUGUUGACAGGACGACCUUCCGUGGUGGUGUGGCUCUGUAUAAAAGUGGCGGGAAGCAUCAGGCAAAACAUCAGUGCCUGGUAGCUUCAUAGCAGUAUUGGACAUCUCAUCCAAGCAGCGAAGAGUGAAGGCACUGCAAUAACUAACCCUGACAUUAGUCAGCUCGAGCAUCGAGAACAAAAACUGAACUGGUUUAACACAAAAUUAAACACACGAGCUAAUUGUUUGAAAUUACAAUUGUGAAUAACGCCACACGUUUCAGCAAACAAAAAAUUAAGACAACAUUCAAGAACUUGUUACCUGAUUGCUCUUUAAUUGAAAAACGGACAAUCAUCGAACAAUAUGUCACCAUAUCUGAUCAAAGAAUUCCUCGCUUUAGCGGUUUUCUUCGCGACUGUCAACGCAACAAUAAACAUGGCUGAUGUGGCCUGUGGACGCGCGGUCAUGCGAACUUCUCGCGUCAAAGGAGGACAAGACGCCAAAUUCGGGGAGUUUCCUUGGAUGGUGUCCAUCAGGAUCAACGGAGGACACUUUUGCGGAGGAUUACUAAUCAACAACAAAUUCGUCCUGUCCGCUGCCCAUUGCACCCUGAGACGUCCUGAGAAAUACGUGACCGUCGUGGUGGGCGAGUACGAUCUCUUGAAAGAAGAAAAGACUCCGCCUGAGCAGAUCAUCGCUGUCCAUAAAAUUUACAAUCAUGAAAAUUUCACUAAGCGGUACAUCGACGAUAUUUCGUUGCUGGAGCUGAAAGAGCCCGUGGUUUGGAGCAAGAACAUCAGGCCCAUGUGCCUCCCUGACAUGAUGAUGGACGGUACCGACAACCCACUCGACAACACAGCCGCCACACUCGCCGGCUGGGGGUGGACGGACGAACACUCCAAGGGUGGAGUUCGUGCAAAUAUCCUCCAAAAGACUGACGUAAGAGUUGUCUCAAAAGAUAGUUGCCAAGAGUCGUACGUUAAGGAAACCGGCAAAGCCGUCGGCGAACCCCAAGCUAUCGUACUAUUCGACACCCACCUGUGCGCAGGAGUUCCCGAUGGUAGCAGAGAUGCUUGCCAGGGUGAUAGUGGUGGCCCCCUGAUGUCUCGUGACAAGGAAGGCCGAGAAGUUUGUGUAGGCAUCGUGUCGGCCGGCAUUGGGUGCGGCAGGCCAGGCUUGCCUGGACUCUACACCAGAGUCAGCAGGUAUACCAACUGGAUACAGGCAACUGUGAACGCCGCAAACGCUUGAAUUAAUUAAUACCAGCAGCUCAUACUUUUCUGGCUGGCUAUUAUUGAAGGCAUGGAAAACUGAACACCAUUGUUUCUGUCUGAAAUUAAAGGCAGGGAAAGGAAGAAGGUGAAAAGCCGUUCAAAAGAUCUUUAAAUAUUAUUUCAAAUUUAAUGAGAAGCGUUAACGGUUCAUAACAAUGUCUUUCUUUAUUAUAGAAUAAAUAAUAAUUCAGUCCUUUUUUAGCCAAGCUGCUAUUGCCCCAAGUUUGAAAUCAUGAAA